AUGAAUUCCCCUUUUGGUGAAGUUUUUAUGUUUCUUACUAAUUUAGCCUGGAAGAGUCGCUUAACCAUACCAGUUUUGGUAACAACUGCAUUUUUAAUUAUGGAUAUACGUUUACAGAUUGAGAUAAAUAUACAAUCUGGACAAGUGGCGGCUGCCGAAUUUAAUCGUCUUGAUAAUGAUGGCGAUGAUGAGUAUAUCGAUAAUAAUGAUGACGAUGAUGAUGAAUAUAAUUAUGAUGAAUAUACUACAGAUUCCAGUGCGGAUGUAGAUGAUGAAGACGAUGGUGAAAAUGACAAUUCAUGGUAGUAGUUAUGUGUUUAAUAAAUAUUUUCUACUUUAACAAAGAUUUCAUUAGCUUCUAAUAAUUGGAAUACUUCAAACAGCUACUUGUUAUUACUAUUGAAUUUAAAACAACACAAAAAUAAGUUGAUUUUUUCUUAAAGAAAUAUGUAUUUAUAUAAAAAAUAUUUAUUUCCAUAAAACGUUUUUGCUCAAAGUCAA